CCACCUGAUUGGAGCCUGGGGGCCUAAAGCGUGUGCAUCCUGCCCCGGCUGGACCCACCGACCUGUGGGGCCCGGGACCAGGAGGCAAGUGUCCGCGCGGCAGCCGCAGGUGAGACCCCCACGCAGCCUCCCUCCCUCCCUUCCUUCGCUGGCAGCGUCUGCCCCCUGGCAGGCGGCCAGCGGGCAUGCGGAGCCCCCGGUGCUGAUGGUGCCGCCGCCCGUCAUGGAGGGUCCAGGGGACGCGGCUGGCGAGGGGCCGGCCCCGAUGGGGAGGGGGCCUGCGGGGCCCUCGGGAGGCGGUGGCCGCGGCCACGAGGUCCAGAGAGUGGCCGUGAGCUCGUCGGUCGCCUGGGAGCGCGUGGGGCCCGAGGAAGCCCAGGCUGUGGUCAGCGGUGAUGCCUCCCCGGCCCCUGGCGGCUCUGGGCCGGCUGCUGGGACCCCUCCCGGCCAGAUGGGAACCUGCCCCACAGACCUGACCCUGCAGCUGCUGGCCGUGCGGAGGAAGACGGGGCUUCCAGACCCCAGCCUGCGGCGGGCAAUGCGGGCCCGGCUCCGCCUGCUGGAGAAUGACAGCCGGGAAGUGGCCAGCGUGCUGGGGGAGUUAUCGGCCAGGCUGCUGUCUAUCCACAGUGACCAGGACCGGAUUGUGGUGUCGUUUAAGACUUUCGAAGAGAUCUGGAAGUUCUCCACUUACCACGCUCUUGGCUUCACUCACCACUGCCUGGAAAACCUGCUCGUGGACCAGGCCUUCUGGCUGCUUGCGCCCAGCGAAGACGAGGAGACGACCAUCCAAGUCCACGUGGACCAGGAGGCCUUGACACGGACACAGGAGAUUCUCCUCGCCCAGGAGGGCCCUUUCUUUGUCCUGUGUCCCGACCACCACGUGAGAGUGACCACCAGCCCCCGGGGCGCAGGCCCGCAGCCCCCGAGGCGAGCCGCGGGGGUCCCCCAGGGAGACGCAGCCCCGGCAGCGGACUCUAAGGCGCCCAGCCCCGGCACGUGCUCCCAGGACACGGCAGCGGUGGCCGCUCCGGAACCUCUGAUUCCAUUUCAUCAGUGGGCCCUCAGGGUCGCUUGGGACCCCAUCGACGACUCCGUGAGCGGCCCUGUGACGUCAGACGUUCCGCUGAUGGCGGUGGGCCUGGCCUCAGCAGUGGCAGACUACCAGGGCUCCGGGCCUGAAGAGCUGACCUUCCGAGGCGGUGACGUCAUCGAGGUCCUGGGCGCCCGGGUGCCCGGCCUGCCCUGGUGCCUGGGCCGGCACACGGCCUCGGGCCAGGUCGGGUUUGUGCGCACGAGUGACAUCAGUGUGCAGGGCCAAGUGUCUGAGUUGGAAGACGUGAUUUUUCUCGAUGAGGAAGAAAGGUCGUUCUUCAGCAACGAAGGGCGCUUCUCGGACGAGGACGCCAGGCAGUUGCUGAGGAGGAUGUCCGGCGCGGACACGUGCACCGUGUACAGCUUGGACAGAUUAGAAGAGACCGACUUUGAGCCGCCGGAAGAACAAGGAAGCGUAGCUGUUUGCUCGUUGGCUGUGUCUUUGGGUACUGACCUCCAAAGCCAACAGCCCCGCACACGGGCCCUUUUGGAAUCACCUCACCUGGACCCAGAGCCACACGAGACCCUACAGAAGGUGAAGAACGUUCUGGAAGAAUUCAAAUCCCGCCAGGACUGCCCCGAGGAGCCAGAGUCCUGGGGUCUCUGCGCGGCCUCCGGCGGCGCCAGCCCACCGGACCCUGAGGAGCCCCCCUUCUGCUUGGACGCGGGGGCCGACCGGACCGACCCGGAGGCCCUGGGCUCGCUGCUGCUGUUCCUGGACGCGCCCGGCUACAAGGCCUGCUUCCGCGGCCUGUACGACCUCUCCCUGCCGGGGCUGAGCGCCCUGUGCGGCGGCCGCACCGACGAGGAGGAGCUGGCCGGGCUCCUGGCGCGGGCGCGGGGGGCGGCCAAGAAGGCCGGCCUCCCCAUGGCCCUCGCCAGAGUCUGCUUCCUCCUGGGGCGGCUGUGCGUGCGCCGGCUCAAGCUGUCCCAGGCCCGGGUGUACUUCGAGGAGGCGCUGGGCACCCUGGGGGGCCGCUUCGGCGACCUCUUCCUGGUGGCGGCCGUGUACUGCAGCCUGGCCACCAUCCACCUGAAGCAGAGGAACAGAGACAGGUGCGCACAGGUGACGCCCAAGGCCGUGGCCCUGCUGCUGGGGACACCCGGCCACGGCUGCGGCACCGAGGCCGGGUCGGAGCUCCUGGCGCACGCCCUGCGGCGGGCCGUGGCCGGCCGGAGCCCGCAGGCCGAGGCCCGGGCCUGCUUCCUGCUGGCCAGGCACCACGCCCGCCUGCGGCAGCCGGAGGAGGCCCUGCCCUUCCUGGAGCGGCUGCUGCUCCUGCACGAGGCCUGGGGCUCCCCGGAGGCCGCCUGGCCCGCCGACUGCUACCUGCUCCUGGCCGACACCUACAGCCGGCGGUGCCUGCCGCGCCUGGCGCUGGGCUGCGUCAGGGCGGCCUCGCUGCGGGCCCGGGCCUCGCUGCGCGGCUCGCUCCGGAGCGUGGACCUGGUCCUGCGCAACGCCCCCCCCCUGGACUGCCACCCGUGGACCCCCAGCCCUGGGCCCCCACCACUGAACCCCCAGCCCUGGAUUCCCAGCCCUGGACCGCCACCCCUGGACGCCCCAGCCCUAGACCCCCAUCUCUGUAUUCCCAGCCCUGGACCCCCACUGCCCGGCAUCUUCCACAACAAUCCGAGCCCUCCCAAGGGGCCAGAGUGGGAAGUGAUGUCCCCAGCUGCACAGGGACUCAACAAGGCCAGUCCCUCUGGAGGGAGAGGAAAGAGUCACCCGGAGCACGUGUUGUGGGUCCUCGGGGUUGCCUCGAGGGUCUGGGGGAGCCCUGUGGGUCUCACGAGAGCUCCUGCACGCCCGCAGGUGGCCCAGAACGCAGCCCUGUACACGGGGGACCCCAGCCUGGGGCUGGAGCUGUUUGAGGCGGCUGGGGACAUCUUCUUCAACGGGACCUGGGAGCGGGAGAAAGCCGUGUCCUUCUACCGGGAUCGGGCGCUGCCCUUGGCCUCCACCACAGGGAACCAGGAGGCCGAGCUGCGUCUGUGCAACAAGCUGGUGGCACUGCUGGCCGAGCUGGACGCGCCCCGGGAGGGCCUGGAGUUCGCCCACAUGGCCCUGGCGCUCAGCAUCACCCUGGGGGACCGGCUGAACGAGAGAGUGGCCUACCACCGGCUAGCCGCCCUGCACCACCGCCUGGGCCACGGCGAGCUGGCAGAGCAUUUCUACCUCAAGGCCCUGUCACUCUGCAGCUCGCCCCUGCAGUUCGCCGAGGAGACGCUGUACUACGUGAAAGUGUACCUGGUGCUCGGUGACAUCAUCUUCUACGACCUGAAGGACCCCUUCGACGCGGCGGGGUACUACCAGCUGGCCUUGGCAGCGGCCGUGGACCUCGGCAACAAGAAGGCCCAGAUGAAGAUCUACACGCGCCUGGCCACCAUCUACCACAACUUCCUCCUGGACCGCGAGAAGUCCCUCUUCUUCUACCAGAAGGCCAGGACCUUCGCCACCGAGCUCAACAUCCGCAGAGUCAACCUGGCCCCGGGGCGGUGCUGGGGGCGGGCACCCUGGCUGGCCCCCGGCCCCUCGCCCUGAGCUCCCCUGUCCUCGCCUCUCCUAGUGUCUCUGGGAGGCUCAUUUUCUGGGAAACAGAGGCAGGACCGUAGGGGUCUGAUAGCAAUAAACGAUUUUGCGGCAGCCUGCCAAAGCCCGCAAGGCCCCCUCCCCUGGCCUACCGCCUGGGGAGCGUCCAGGGACCAAGCCCCGUCCCCGGGGGCCCGCCCUGCUGCUGUGAGCUGGAAGGACUGAGUCGGACCGACCCGGGCCAGGUCCCCCUGCCAGCCCCGCGCGGUGUGGCCUCAGGCAAAUCACGCCCCUCGCACCCAUUUCCUGGCCUGUCAGAGCGGAAGGCGGUGGUGGGGUCCCCUGGGCAUCUUCCCCCUUCCCCGUGCCCUCACCGUGUGUCAGGCUCUGUGCUCUGCCUUUAACCCUCACGCCGACCUCACCGGGCCCGCACCGUCGGGUCUGUCAUUGUCUGCAUUUCCGGCCGAGGCACAGAGAGGGUAGGUGCCCUGCCCGCCGUCACACAGCAGGUAGGUGGGGCAGAGCCGUAACCACUGUACCACCAGCCCGCCUGCCUCGGGGGGAUGUGUCAGCAUCAGGACCCAGGGGCGCGUCCUGGAAGAAGGUGUUAGCACGUCAUUGCGCCUCUGCCCCUUCCUGCGUCCCGAAGGCGAGCGAGGGGAACGCGGCCCACACGCUCCGUCACCUGAGAGUCCUCUGGCCCAGCCCGGCCGGUCCCACCUGCACCCGCCAGCCAGCCAGGCCGGGAGGGGGGUGGCCUCCAGCCCUGUGCGGAAUGUGCUGCUGUGAGUGCGUCUAGGGGCUCGUCUGGGCCCCCACGUGCCAGGAACCCUCCACUUACAGCCAGGGAAACUGAGGCUCAGAGAGGCCGUGGGCGUCCCAAGUGGUUCUCACCCGCACGGCACUGUUCCGAUCUCUUUUUCUUUAAUUUAUUUUGUCAAACAAGGUGACAUUCACGUAAGAUAAAAUGAACCAUUGAAAGUGA